CCCGCCGUUCCACUUCAUUUCCGUCGCCCCGUCCUCUUUCGUCUUCUUCUUCGGCAGCCACAACAAAUGCAACCGCUGUUUCUUCUUCCUCUUGUCCUCCAUUGAUCAUGCCGACCUCUGCAUCGCUCCUUUUCUCUUCGAUGCCUUUGAAGUCACCAUCGCCACUCCCUCCGCCCUUGAACUACAGAACUCCGCCGAACGUCUCUGUGGCCCUCGAGACGGGACCGAGGCCCGCCGCGACUUCGUCACCCUCCAAGCCGUCUCUCUCUACCCCUCCCAAGACCCGCAAUGGUGCCAAUGACUUGCUCAGCCCUCCGAAUGAAGAACUGGUCAAGCUCAAGGAGCUACGUCAGAAGUGUAUAGAGACUCUGGCAGCCAAGAAGCGCUCAGGAACGGGGGACCUCCAGGAAUGCUCAAGAUCACAGACGCCAUUGGCAGCGCCGGCUUCCACCUCGACAACACCGAGCCCAAGCUCGAAGAAGAGAGUCAAUGGCAAGAAAAGGACAAGUGAAGAUGAACGUCUCAUAAACGUCAGCGACAAAGAGAAUGGCGAGUCCCUGAACAAGUAAUUUCGAGGUCUUGCACAAGUAAUUACGAGG